AUGUCUACCGAGAAUACUUCUCGUCAUCGUUAUAAUUUACCUGAUCUCUGUAUUCGAAAUAUUCUUAAUUUCAUUAAUGAUGAUAAAAUUGAUCGUAAUUGGUGUUAUAUCUCUACUCCAUUUUUAUGGUCAAAUCCAUUUACCAUUGUUAAAAAUUAUGUGGAAAAUGAGAAAAAUCGAAAAUUUGAAAUUAUUAUUUUAGAUGAAGAAGAAAUCGAUCAAUGUAGUCAAGAUGAUAAUAAUCAAGAUAAAAUUAAAGAUACUCUAGUCACCAAAUCUGAAAAAGACAUUAAAGAUAUCAAUACUCAAGAAACCAAAUCUAUAGAUAAUAAUAACUUCAGGCCUCAUAUAAUUUUUCAAAAAUUAAUUACUUCUUAUGUUCAAAGUUUACCUGAUGAUACUCUUUCCUCCCUAGAAUUAAAUACUCCAAUUGAAAAUUUUCAUCGUAAUCCAUUAUUUAAUUAUUCUUCUUUUAUUCGUCAUUUACCUAUGUCUCAAAUUUUUAUUGCCGUACUUACAUUUUGUGUUCAAUCAAAAUACUCUUUUUAUAAUUCCCCAAUUUCUUUUGAUAAUACUCCUUUACCCCUCUGUUAUCAUAGUCGUGAUCCUAUAAGGCGUAAUGCACAUGUUGUCAUUUGUGCUAAACCUACUCUUCUCUUAACUCACCUGAUGAAUCUGUUUAUUAGUAAUUCACCCAAGAUUUUUUCUCUGGAAUUAAUUGGUUCCUUAAAGCCUUUGUCUUCUUUAGCUUCUAAUUUAAAAUAUCCUCACUUCUUAGAUUUAUCGGAUUUAAAUAUUUUCACAUUUCCUAAUUCAUCAAUUUGUUUUAAACAUUUAAAAAAUUUUCAAUGUUUUGAUAAUAUUAUUACGAACGUUAUAAUACCUUUAAGUUUAAAUAAGUUAUCCACAAAUAUUGAAGAAUUUGCAAUCAAAGGAAGUCACGCGGAUGAUAUACAAUCUUAUCAUUUAUCAAGUAUUGCGGAAUUAGCCAAAGUUAUUUCCAUUCAACAAAAUUUAAAAGUUCUUUCAAUUGAUAACAUCAAUUGUGCAACGAUUGUAUGUGAUGUUAAUUGUAUGAAAACUCUUUUAGAAGAAGGAUUAAGUAAUCCUUUGGGUAAUUCGAAAGUUUUAGAGACAUUAACUAAAAUUGAAUUUACGAGAAUAACUUUUAGAUCAGAUAGAUAUUCUCCAAUUAAUAUAUUAGCCAAAUGUAAAAAUUUACAACAUCUUAUAAUAAAGAGUUGUACUAAUUUAAGAUUCUCUAGUUCGGAUGAAAAACUUGCUAAUGUUUUAAUUCCCAUGAAUUUACUUGCAUUCUUUACCAGAUGUUUUAAGAAUACAUUAAGAUCAUUGGUGGUUUGGUUAAAAACAUUUCGAAAUUACACUGACAUAGUACUUUGGAUUAUAGAAUUUAAUCAAUUGGAAUUUAUUCAUAUCUAUUUGACCCCUCAAAAAAUUAAUAAUUUAAAUAAUUUAUGUGUCAUAUUGGAAGAUUGUCAAGAUUUGAAGGAAGUUAUAAUAGAGGAUCGAAAAUAUUUUGAAAAGGUUCCAGAAGUAUUUCGAUUAUUAAAUUAUGGUACAAUUGAUGCCAAUGAUUUUUUAUGUAAAAUUGUAAUGAUGCUUACAUUUAAAAUAAAUUUCUCAUUCACUCCUGGAACACUAGAAUUCUUUAUAUCCAAUGCAGUUUCUUUAAAAUAUUUGAGUUUUGAAUAUUCAGCAAGUCUUACAGAUGAACAUUUACUGAUACUUCAAGAAUUAAGUAACAAAACAAAUAUAAAAACUUUAAAUAUUGGAUAUACUCCAAAUAUAGAUGAAGAAGUAAUUAAUUUAGCAAAAGAAAUUAUUCCUGAAAUUAUAUAUUGGAAAUAA